CUCUCUCGCUCUCUCUGUCUCUCUCUCUCUCUCUCUCUCUGUCUCUCUCGAUAGAUAGAUAGAUAGAUCGAUGACAAUUUGCCAAUAAAGAUUAAAAAAAAUCCGCCAACCUGACACGGUCUCCUUGCGAUGACGUCACCGGUUGCAUGGCUCAGCACUUUCGUGGCGAGUGUGGCGUCGUUUUGUUUCUUUGGCAGAUGAAGCUUAUUCGGCGUAACGUCGACGCGUGUGGCGAGCUCGCAACAUGAACAAAGUGGCUUCUUUUCAAAUUCUGCUUGUUUGCUCUCACGUCGCUUCUGCCGCUCUGCACUCUCUGUGGCACGUGUACACGGUGAGCAGCGGCAUCCCGCGCCUCCCGCCCGUGACGGCGGCGGUGCUGGUGGACGGCGUGACGACGGAACAUUACGACAGCCGCGCCGGCACGGCGGUGGCCAAGCAGGCCUGGAUGGACGCCGUCCUCCGCCGUCACCCCGACUACUGGAAGGAGCAGACGGCGUUCUGGCAAGGACAGGAACACUUUGGCAACAUCAACAUGGCAAUACUCCUGGAUAGAUUCAACCAGUCGGACGGCGUCCACGUGUUCCAGGUGCUGCACGGCUGCGAGUGCGACGGCGACGAGUGCGGCGACGUGUCGGGCUUCAACCGCCACAGCUACGACGGCGACACCACGCUGGUCCUGGACGUGGAGCGCCGCGCGUGGAUGGCGCUCAAACCUCAGCUGGAGCCCACCGGCCGCAAGUGGAACCUAAACGAGGGCUGGCUGGAGUUCAUGGAGCACCGGCUGCUCCGGGAAUGUCCGCGCCGCCUCCGCGAGACGCUGCAAUACGGGAAGGACGUCCUGCGCCGGAUACAACGCCCCCUGGUAUCUCUGCUGCAGACGGAGCCGUCGGCGCCCGUCACGUGCCAUGCCUCGGGUUUCCGCCCCGACAAGGCGGACGUGUUCUGGACGCGCGACGACGAGCAGCUCCACGACGACCGCGUGGAGCACGGUCAGAUGCUCCGCAACCACGACGGGACCUUCCAGCUCGCCGUCCGCCUGCGCGUCGCCGGCGUGCCGCCCGCCGACUGGCGCCGCUACGCCUGCGUCUUCCGGCUCGAUGGACUUCCCGAGACGAUCGUCACCGCGCUGGACGCCGCCGUGAUCAAAACGAACUACGUCAAGCCAGCGGAUCACACCGGCGUCUUCGUGGCCGCCGUUGUGUUCGUCGCCGGCCUGGCGGCGUUGGCGGGCGCCGGCAUUUCCGUCCACAGGAAGAGACGACGUGAGCGUCGCGGUGACGCGCCGACGCGUGAGACGCUAACACCGUCCCCUGCGUAUACAGACGCCGGCGAAGACGUCCUUGGCGGUGGUGACCAGCAGGGGGAGACAUUGCGAAGUUCACUAAGAAAACAAACCGUAGUCACUUGUCCCCAGGUUUGUCCUCCCCACUGAUACCUGAGAAUUUCGAUGGUUUUAACAUUUCAAAUGCAUCUUUGUUGAUUUGUCUAUGCCGGUGAUAUGUAGUGACAGGAAGAACAGUUCCAAGCUCGUCCACUCGGUGGCAGAAGCUACAAUGAACUUGUGUGUUUUCAACUUCCAGUUGCACAGCGAGGGAAAUUUGGGAGUAGAUGGAGACAGGAUGCUCAUGAUUUCAGUCUGCAGGAGUGUAAAUUAAUAAAUUACGCAUUGAAAAGAAUUACAAACGCUGUUAAUCCAUGACACAUCCCCAAAAACAAAACAAAAACAUUUGAAAUGCUUUUUAAUGAGGACAAAUAGCACUCAUCGCUGAAUUAACUAUUGAAAGUGUGUACAAUGUUAGUAGCCUAAAGCUUUUCUUAAUCCAGUCCAGUACAUUUGUAACAGACAGUUGAGUUAUAUUUAACUUUUCAGUGCAAUACAUUUGCAUUUAAUCUUUUAAUACUGUUUAUUUCAGUAAAAUGAAAUGGUCUGUAUUCAUGUUUAAACUGCAUAAUGUUAGUGGUUUACAGUAAUAUAAACUGUACUUUUUAGGGAAUAAAACCUCAGCCUCCGUUUUGAUGAACGCUGCGCACUA